GUGAAGACCACAGAAAAGUGAAGUUUAGAAUCUAAGAGAAAAUAGCGAAUAAGGUUCCCGGUUGAAUGGGGUACUGAGAAGACCCUUAGGUUUUGCUGCUGACGUGCCAGUAAGCUCACCAGACCUGACACCAUGUGGAAGGCUGCAGCUGGGAGAAAUGUCAGCGUGAAGGCACCAGUACCAGCAGAUGAUGAUGAGUGGGAAACAGACCCGGAUUUUGUGAAUGAUGUGAGUGAAGAAGAACAGAGAUGGGGGGCCAAGACGGUUAAGGGAUCGGGUCAUAUGGAGUCUUUGGAUCUGAAAAAGUUACGCAAUGAAGUAAAGUCUGAUGAUACAAGUGUCAAGAAGGCUCAGAUGGAGUCUGGCCCCAAGGCUUCUUAUGGCUAUGGGGGAAAGUUUGGUGUUCAGCAGGAUCGGAUGGAUAGGUCUGCAGUGGGGCAUGAUCACGUAGAGAAGUUGUCUAAGCAUGCAAGUCAGACAGAUUCUGCUAAAGGGUUUGGGGGAAAGUAUGGUGUGCAGGCAGACAGACAAGACAAGGUUGCCGUUGGGUAUGAUCACAAAGAAAAAGUGGAUAAGCAUGCUUCACAAAAAGACUAUACAUCAGGAUUUGGUGGAAAGUUUGGUGUACAGAAAGACCGUGUUGAUAAAGCCGCAUUAGGCUGGGACUAUCAGGCUAAAGUUGAGAAACACGAGUCACAGAAAGAUUACACGUCUGGAUUUGGUGGGAAGUUCGGCGUUCAGACAGAUCGAGUGGACAAGGCUGCCGUAGGCUGGGAUUACCAGGCUAAGCUGGAAAAACACGAGUCACAAAAAGACUAUAGUCGAGGUUUUGGUGGUAAAUUUGGUGUGCAGAAAGAUCGUCAGGACAAAGCUGCCGUUGGCUGGGACUACCACGAGAAAACAGAAAAACACGCCUCACAGAAAGACUACACCACAGGGUUUGGGGGCAAAUUUGGGGUGCAGAAGGACAGGCAGGACGACGCUGCACUCGGAUAUGAUCAUAUGGAAAAACUUGAAAAACAUGAGUCGCAGAAAGAUUACACGGCUGGAUUUGGUGGCAAGUUUGGAGUGCAGAAAGACAGGCAGGAUAGCUCAGCACUGGGGUAUGAUGAGAAAACAAAAACAGAGCUUCAUCCCUCACAAACUGACAUGAAGAAAGGGUUUGGGGGCAAAUUUGGUGUGGAAAAGGACAGACAGGAUGAGUCUGCGAAGAGUUAUGAUGACAUGAAGGGACCCUCCAGUGGCUACCAGAAAACAAAAGCUGAAGGGUCUGGUGGUGCCAAAAACUUGCGGGCAAAGUUUGAAACAAUGGCAAAGUCUGGUGAGGAGGAGAGUAGGAAAAGGGCGGAGGAGGAGAGAGCGAGACGACAAGCCCAGGAGAAACGGGAACAGGCCGAGCAAGAAAAACAACGAGAGGCUCGUCAGAAUGAAGAGCGAUGGGCAGAGAACGAUGCUCCAGAGGAUGACCAGAAGUGGGAGGAGCCAGCAGCUCCGGCCAGCCCGGUGAGACGGUCAGAACCAGAAGAGAUAUACGAAGACACUAAUAUGGUGGAGAAGCAGUCGUUUGAACCAGAGGAUAGUUACGGGGAGGCGCAGUCUGCUGAGAGCUAUGAACCCGAGAGCACGUACCAGGAGGCUGACAAUAGGAUGGCAGCCUCAUCCCCCGUCCGGCAGACACCCAAGUUUUCUGCCAGUGAUAACUACCAGGACGAUGCCACGUAUGAUGAGGCUGCAGGGCCUGUUGAGGAUGUCUAUGAUGAAGCUGCUCCGGAGGAUGGAGAGCUGUACGAGUCUGUGGCUGACGCCUCUGAGGGGCAGACGGCAGUGGCUCUCUAUGAUUACCAAGCAGCGGAUGAGGAUGAGCUGACCUUUGACCCUGAUGAUAUAAUAACCAACAUCGAACAGAUUGAUUCUGGUUGGUGGAGAGGACAGUGUAGAGGAGUAACUGGCCUUUUCCCUGCAAAUUAUGUCGAGCUUCGGAAGUGAUUUGAUUGGCCAUCUCCAUUUCAUCAUGUGAUCAUGCCUUCCUCUCAUCGAAUUCUCACAGAAAAUCAGGGAUUGCUGCUAGAGUCUUCUGUUAACAGUUUGUCCUGAGCGAACGAAGAACAAAUACAUGUUUGUUCAAAUUUUGAAUGUACAUGCACAGUACAUUUUUCUGCAGUAGUCCAUCUGUCAAUCAUUAUAAUAUCUGAAAUGAGCUAUUCAUCAAAAACCACAGAAAUUAACUGUUUAUCGAAAACCACAGAAAUCAACUGUUCAUUAAAAACCACAGAAAUCAACUGUCCAUUAAAAACCACAGAAAUCAACUGUCCAUUAAAAACCACAGAAAUCAACUGCCCAUUAAAAACCACAGAAAUCAACUGCUGAUAAAAAAUGUUCAGUAACCAGGUAUUCAUGAGAAACACAACAGUGAAGUAUAUAUCAAAAACAAAACUAGCCUUAUGAAAUUGUAGGGGCUCAAAAAAAAAGGGAUAGUGUUUCUAUAAUUUUACCGUCAGAUUUUAAUUAAGUUUAAAAUGUUAUAAUUUUCAUGAAAGAUAAACAAGGUAAUUUGACAUUAUACUGUUCAAAAAUUCUUCAAAAUUUAAAGAUGGCUGCUCAACAUUUAUUCACUGAACACCUGCUUUUCUGAACACUGAAAACAUGUUGCAAUUCUCUUCGUAUUAUCAUGAUGGUGCCAGUGAGUAAACUGCCUGACCUAAAAUGCACCUACGUCAGUUUUUGCCCGUGAAUCUGGCCACCAUUAUCCUUGAGUUUGGCGGUAAACAACAGUCUAGACUUCUAUGGUUGGUUAUGGUACGUUGUGUUCCAAAAAAAGCAUAGCUGAGCUUUCAGUUGUCUGCUUCUACAUCUACUUAUCUGUAAGAAGAAAAGAUAAAAUAUUUGUCAAGCAAAUCACCUACAUAUGACUAAUAAUGUACAUACUCUUAUUGCUGUAUACUUCCAUGCUACUGCAUUCCCAAUAAUUAUAUUAUUAUUUUCAAACUAUAUGAUCACUUUAUAAGGCUGAAUUUAUGCAUUCUAAUUGUUAACAUGCUAAACCUGUUUUCAGUAUCUUGUUUUCAGGAAGAGAAUUCUUCUGUACUAAGCUUUAUGUGCUCUGUUCUUUUAUGUAGGAGCGAAAUAUUAGAUAAGCAAGAGGGAUAUGUUAGAUGAACAAGAUGGGUAUGUUAGAUAUAUCAGAAGGGAUAAGUUUGAUGAUGAAGGAGGGAUAUAUCUGAUAAAUCAGAAGAGAUAGAUUAAAGAAGGAUGCAUGUCAGAUAAAUCAAAAGGGAUAUGAUAGGUAAGACACGAAUAAUCAUCACCUAUGAUAUUUGUGUUCAGAGAUAUAUACCACAGCCAAAGUAUAUGUAUAUAAUGUGAUCAGUAUGGUGUUAAUUUUGAUGAAAAAUGCUUUUUGUGUAGAUAUAAACAUCGUGACAUUUGUGUUGCUGAAACUAAUGCAUACGUAGAGAUAUAUACAAAUAUAGAAGUACUGUAUGAAGUAGAAUGACUAGAUUUAUUUAGAUAAAAUAAAUGCUGUUUGAUUGUAUUGUGUCAAUUUCAGUCAUAGAACAAGCUUUCAGUAAAUUAGAGUAUAAAACUCAAAGCAUCUGAUGCUUUAAAAAUGAUGUCAAAUAUCAGUUCUAGAUUGAUCUCUUUUUUGUUUUCAUCAUUUUUAUCAUUUUUGCCAUUGAAAGAGUUAGGAUUUAAAAGCCGUGGUUAGCCAGAAUUGAUACCAGUGCUGGUUUUCAUUUGUUUAAGCCACAGUUGUCUUUUUUUAUCUGAAGCUAUUAACUCUGUCUCAUUAUGGUCCAUAUAUAAUGUUCAAGAGAACCUGUUAGUGUUAUCUAGAUUAACAUGCAGUGCUAAUCAAGUUUCUGUUUGUGUGAGUGUAUGGUCAAAUCAGGUAAAGUACUCUUCCAAUAUUUGCAGUUGUUGAUUGCUCAGCACUGUGUGCAUGUAUUCAAAUUCAUACAGGUAAUUCUUUGAUCUUCACCUUAAUUGGCGUGUAGAUGUAAUUUACCAUGGAUACCACGUUUUUGUAGCUGUUGAUUUUUGUGUUUUGCUUGCCCAGUUUGUUAGAAUUUUAUUUGCCUUGAUGUAUGUAUAGUUUUGUUAAUGUGACAUUGUACAAAUUAGACAGGCAGUUGGAGAGUAUUAUGAUUUUAUGAACACCUGGAUGUCAGGUGUGUCUUUUGUAUUGUUAUACAGUAUAGUGUACAUGUAUGUAUAGGGGUGGAAAACACCUUUUGGUGGGGUGGACUAGUAGGUGCCAGUAGUUGUACUCAGAGGAGGUGGGGAGAUACGUCACUUAGACUUAAGCUUAAUGCGUGUAAUGGACACUUUGUCUUAUACUGUAUCCACUGUGUUAAUCUAAAGGCAGAAGAAAGCCAGGGCAAGUUUUGUUCAUGUGCGUAUAAUUCAGAAGGAUUUUACUGUAUCAGGGUUCUGAUAUUACAAAUACGAUAGGUUUGUGCGUUUUCUGUUGCAAAAAACAGUUUUGUCGUUGGUCUAAAAUGGAAUAAAUCUUGGCACUAUCUCAAUGCUUGGCUGUUCCACUGUCAGUACUUAAUGUCUGGGCUAUAGCUUAUUUUUGACCAAAAUUAACCCGGUUUCCAUGUGGAAAUGUACUGUGUAAAUGGUUCGUGUUUCUUUUUCCCUGAAGAUGAACUAAAAUGUCUGCUUUGACAGUGCUGCAAUUAAAGGGAAUAAAGAUCGUAAACAAUAUAUUUUGUAACUAUGCAAGAAUAUUUAAUAAAGCAUUUUAUAUAU